AUGGCCUACUGCGAGAUCCACGCGACUUUCAUGGUGCCAUCGGCAUCGACGUCCUCCGCCGCGGACUUGGACCAGCCAGGAAGGCGGAUAUCGGUCAAGGGCGGAGGUGCCUACGACCUGUGGUUGUCCCGGAACAUGAAGCAUGCUGAGCUAGUGAGGGCUACGACUCUCGACGAGUCCUACGAGAUUUUCCAUCGUGACAAUCUCGAUGCCCUCGCUGGCCUGAAACCGAAGCUUCUGUCGGACUUGCAGAAGGCUCCUGGGCUGUACAAGCUGCUGGACGGCCACUUCAUGGCGGUCCAGCAGGCGGUCGGGUGCAUCAAGGCGGAAGGAGGCGGCGCGGGCCGCAGCCACUUUGGCCCCGCGCCGGCGGGCGCCGGAAGCCGCGCGUGCCCGGCGAUGGCCGCGGCGGCGGCGGACCUGCCGGCAGGCCGCCGCUUCUCUGGACGCGUGCCGGCGGCCGCCGCCGCCGGCCCAGAGGCCACGGGCCUCUGGGCGCAGUGCUGCGGCCGCGCUCCGGCGGAGGCCGGCGGCGGGCCUGGCAUGGGCUCCGAGGGCGCCGAGGGAUCGGGCGAGCGGGCGGUCACGCAGCUGGAGGACCUGAACCACGCGUACGAGGUGGUGCGCCACCUCACGAGCUUCCGCGCCGACGACGUCCUGGACAAUCUGGAGCGGCCGAUCAUGGUGUCGCUGAUUUUCAUGGCGAUGCUGUUCAUGGUGAUGCCGAUGCUGGAGGUGCCGAUCUUCAGAACCCAGGUGGUGAUGGCAUUCGUGAGUAUGAAGAUGCCUUCUUCUAUGGUGCUGCGGUUCCUGCCGCUCCCUGAGAAGGCGAUGUGGGAGAAGCUGAUCUUCACGGAGCUGCGUAUCUCCAGGGUGGUGCCAAUGGGGAUGCGGAUCUUCGGGGUGCUGUUGAGGGGGGAGGUAUCGAUCUGCAUGGGGUUGUUGGUCUUCAGGGAGGUGCCGAUGGAGAUGCGGAUCCUCCGAGCGCUGCCGACAAUGGUGGGUGUCGAGCUGCAUGGGGCGGUUGACCACAGGGAGGUGCCGAUGGGGACGCGCAUCUUCAUGGCGCUUCCGAGGAUGAUGGUGUCGAUCCGCAUGGGGCUGCUGAUCUUCAGGGAGGUGCCGAGUGGGAUGAGGAGCAUCUGGGCGCUGCUGAGGAUGGCGGUGUCGAUCUGCGUCCGGUUGCUGCUCGUCAGGGGGGUGCCAAUGGAGAUGCGGAUCUUCGGGGCGAUGAUGAGCAUAUCAUCUCUCCCGCUUCUUCUCGUUGCUCUCCUGGCGGGAGGCCUGGCGGUGGGACCUGGCGGGAGGCCUGACAUCUCGGCCAUUCUCAAGGAGGCUGACGAGUUCGUGCCGAAUGUGCUCCUGGAAGCAGUGCCACCUCGCACUCGCGGAGAAAGCCGUGGCAGUGGUUUCGUACAGCGCGGCGUUGGGCAAGGUGCUGCCGAAUUACGAGGUAAGUUCAAAGGAUCGUGA